GAGAAGGUGAUACGUUAAAAAAAGCUGGAAUAUGAAAAUUUUCAACACAAUCUUUCGUGGGGCCGCAUAUGCUACAUUGUGAAACAUGGCACUAACCAGCGUUGUUCCGGCUUACAUCCCAUCACAACAACAGCCACUCCAAGCAACAGACAUCCAGCUCGGUUCCCUUAGUGGUGUGCCCCCGUUCUCAACGUAUCAGACUGUUAGUGUGUCUCACACAAACCCGUUUGGUUUUGUCAGCAGCACCGAUGCAAAUGGGAAGUUAUUACUGGCCAGUGCAACACAGGCACCCGCCACGUUUCUUCAUUCAAAUCCAAUGCAGCCUGGGUAUUUCUCUCCCACUACUGAUACUACUUAUCGUUUUACACAACCGCAAGUUCAUGCGUUGGUAAAUACGUCUUAUCAGACUUUUCGAGGUUCACCUCAUCCGGGCACACCACCGCAAUUUUCCGCCACAAUUUCCCCUGGAUGUUUGCUGCCCACGCCAAAUCAGCCGAAUGGGACCACGCCUAGCUCGGAUAUCGUUCUCCGGCUGAAUGGGUUGUCUACAACCAAGUCUGCACUUGAGUACAACACUGUCGAUUACUGUGGCACUACGACGAAUGAUGAAAAUGGAAGUAUAAAGCAGUCUACUCCGAUUUCCGAUUUGCCAGUUCACCCGAAUCCUCAAACCCUUGUGCUAAUUGUGAGAUUAUUGAUGUCUGGAAAAGAAGUUGGGAGCAUCAUUGGAAAGCGUGGGGAAAAUGUGAAAAAAUACCGCGAAGAGAGCGGAGCAAGAAUAAACAUUUCAGACGGCUCGAGCCCAGAACGCAUUGUGACGAUAACAGGGACCACGGAGCAGAUUUCUGUUGCCUUCACUUUGAUGAGUCAAAAGUUCGAAGAUGACUUUACUCAAGGUCUCCUGAGAAUGGGUGAUGAAGUUCUAACGUGUCCCCCGGUAACUCUACGACUUUUGGUUCCAGCAACUCAAUGUGGUUCCAUUAUCGGGAAAGGUGGAUCUCGAAUCAAAGAGGUUCGUGAGCUGACCGGAGCCUCAAUACAGGUUGCAAGUGAAGCAUUGCCCGCUUCUACGGAACGAACCGUCACGAUAUCCGGUGCUGCCAAGGCUAUCGCCAAAUGCGUUCGACAUUUAUGUGAUAUUUUUGUUGAUUCCCCGGCAAAAGGCCCGGUGAUUCCCUACCGACCAAAACCAGCUUUUACAAGUCAAAACAUGACUUGUCCAGGAAGUCCGUUCCCAACUGGGUUGAUCCAUCCGGCAAUGGCAUUUUCCACCAACGGAUCGGAAACAACUGGUGAACAUGGAUUUCCCGGGUCUCCUAACGCUUGCCCCGCAAAUCUGUUGACAGCAACGGAACUCUCGACAUCGCCCCCUACCUGCUCCACUGGACAAUUAGAAAACGGCAGUCUGCAAGUUGUUACCACAUGCCCUCAGACCUUUGGUAUUCCGGCUGAUUCGAACACAUCACUAACGGUUAUACAAUCCGGUCGGCAUUCGGGCAUGGUUGCAGACCUUCUGACUGAGACGAUUCAAUUACCGGCGACGAUUGGAUAUUCUGAAUUUUCGUCACACCCAAUCCCAAUGUUUGGUGCGUUGUGCUCGCCCCACUUUGCCACCGGAACUAUUCAUAGUCCGACAUUCAAUCCACCAAUAUCUCCCAUGUCUUUUCCUGAACUGACCUUGAAUCCAGGCCUAAUCGGGUUCUAUGCCAGUCAACCGGCCAUUUCCGGUUUGGGGACGAACAUGACGAACCUAAUUUAUCAGGGAAUCCCCAAUCUGUUGCGAGCUCCCAACCCAACCUCUUCAACCACUAGCACAACUGCUGCCACAGCGGUGGAUGAACCGUCGACAUUUGCUCAAAACGGGACUGAUGGAAGUCUAGAUUCACCAGAUGUACGACCUCUUGUCCCGAAUUUGAAUGACGCAUACGCGAAUAACUCACUCCUAUCCUUGGUACAAUCCAAUGCAUUUUUGCACGCAGCUGUGAACCUGCCCCAGGGACCGAACAAUCACGUGCCUUUUGUACAAAAUAAGGCAUCGCUACUUGGGUUGCCCGCCUUUCCCUUGCCAUUCUACGUUGGCUCACAGAACGCUGCUUUUCCUCUCUCAGCCAAUCUUACUUCAGCAAUUACAACCACUACGGAAGAGCCUGUCACAAGAGAGAUAAUUAUAUCCAAUGAACUCAUCGGGUGCAUAAUUGGUCGGGGAGGAACAACGGUAAAUGAAAUACGGAACAUCUCAAAGGCUCAAAUCAAAAUAUCAAACUGCGAAGAUGGAGCUAAAGAAAGAAAAAUCACUCUUUCUGGACCACUGCAGGCAGUCAAUCUGGCACAAUUUCUCAUUAACAAUAGAAUAUCUGCGGAAUUGUUUGCUGGAAUGGUUGCCUUCAUUAAUCAGUAACUGCCGAAGAUUGGAAGAGACAGGGAUGAAGGACGUGCAAAAUGAAACCUCCUAUGAAUUGGGACAGCAGCUCCAUAGGCAUCAGUCUCUGCUACCCUGAGUUUGUGAAUUAGGAAUGUAAAAUACGGCGAGGAUGGUAACUUUAGGUCAGCUAGUUCACUUGUAUGGAAGUUGUAUGCAUAUGCACAUCCAUUUGGUUGCCAUAUCUAUGUUUAAAUCGUUUUCUGUGAGUUACUAUUUUUCCUCUUACUUCUUUCUGUAGUUUACUUGCGUACUGAGGCUUCCCACUUUGGGUGUGUACGUUUUGCGGUACGUUUUUUGCACAAGCACAUCUUUGAUACACGAGACUAAUGUUUCAAGCCGCAGUGACUCCUUGGUCAACGUUAAAAAACAUUGAUAUUAAACGUCUUGUAUACAAAACAUUCAGACUGUCGUUUACAAACAAAUACAGGACGAUUGCUUGUUCCAAUGUAUCCAAACAAACUGCGUUAAAAUCAGCAAGUGUUCCGAGUGGCCAGAUUAUGCAACAUCGCCCAUUUGAUAGAUCAUUCAAGUUAUAUAACUCAUACAACCACCAAUCGAAACUGCUCUUUGUGAUCUGAUUGAAAUUCGCCAAGCUUUCCAACGGUGGAUAGACCAUCCGGCCAUCAAUAUAUUGAAAAAUUGACCUUACGUACAUCCACUUGUUGGAUGAUUUCACAAGUGCCUCGCCCGGCGCGACCAACGCACACAAACCAAAUAUGCUUUUUGCAUCUUCUUUUUUCUGUUCUUCCGAAACAGUUGUUUUUACUAUAUUUUUGUCUCUAUGAGAUAUUGAUUUACUAUUAGUCAGGCGUCAUUAGAUUUCUCCAGACAUGAUCACUUUAUGCACAUAUGCAUAUACUUGGCUCAUAUAUUUG